AUGGCCGAACAUUCCACCCAUAUUCGACACGUACUCCUUCACGAGUUCGAAUCUGGCCACCUCGUUGCUGAAGCCCAUCGAAACUCAGCCGGAAACAAGAAACUCGAAGAUGAGCCUCGCAUUGGUCGACCGACUGCAAUACUGUUCGACGAACUGAAGAAUCUGGCCGAGCAGCAUCCAUAUGAAGGUGUGCAGUAUCUAGCUGCCAGUGGCUGUUCGCUGUCCACCAUGAGCAAUGGAUUGCAAUUGCGACGGCAACCACCAAAGACGCCUGGACAUUUGCACUCAGCUCCUCUCCAGAGGCCGCAGAUUCGACACAUUGUCAUUGGAGAUGAAAAAAAAAGGGUCCUCUGCGUCAACCACAUCCACAAACGUGCGUGGUGCACUGGCGAUGAAAUGCCGGAUCCUUUCGUGGAAGGUGAAAUCCAUGAGAAAAAGGUCAUGCUGAGCGUCCGGAAGGGAGUUAAUGGAAUCUACCGUUUCGAACUGCUGCUGGACAACACGAAAGUUGCUGUCGAGGUCUACUGCGCUCAACUGCAAAGACUGACCGACAAGAUCUGCGAGGAGCAGUCGAAGCUCGACAACGCUCGCCUGCUGCACGAUAACCCUCACAUUGCGAAAAAGACUUCCCAGAAAAUUCUGGAGCUCGGAUGCAUCACCUGGAAGAGAAGCGCUACGAUGAUCGUGACCAUCUCGAAACCUUCGGGCUUUCUUCGCCUCCAAGUCGCCGGAAUUCUACUAAAGGAAUCAGUGUCCUGUGAGACGUUGGCAGAAGGUUGUCGAUGUUGA